UUCUAGAGUGCAGGCCCGAGGAGGGCAGGAGAAGUCCUGGAGAAGCAGGAGGAGGAAAAGGACUGAAGUGGGAUUUAGUGGGUGGGCUGUGCCCCCCUGGGGGGGCAGAGAAGCCCGAUGGGUCAGAAAGGCCAUAAAGACUCCCUUUAUCCUUGUGAGAGGACUUCUGUGAGCAGCCUCCAUGAGGCCCUGGACCAGUGCAUGAUCGCCCUGGACCUCUUCCUCACCAACCAGUUCUCGGAAGCACUCAGCUACCUCAAGCCCAGAACCAAGGAGAGCAUGUACCACUCACUGACGUAUGCCACCAUCCUGGAGAUGCAGGCCAUGAUGACUUUUGACCCUCAGGACAUCCUGCUGGCUGGCAACAUGAUGAAGGAGGCGCAGACGCUGUGUCAGAGGCACCGGAAGAAGUCCUCUGUAACAGAUUCCUUCAGCAACCUGGUGCACCGCCCCACUAUGGACCAGUUCACGGAAGAGGAAAUCCACGCUGAGGUGUGCUAUGCAGAGUGCCUGCUGCAGAGAGCAGCUCUGACCUUCCUGCAGAUUAUUAAAGCUUCACCUCACAGGCCUGCAAAGGGGAGGAUUAGAGAGGAGAAGCCACUUUCACAGGGUCAUCUGAUCAGCGGCUGGCAGAGCUGGGAUUUGAACGCAGGUCAAUUUGGAAUCUGUGCUCCUCACCACACAGUGGUAAUUCCAGGAACCAUCACCUCGUGGUUUCACCUGCAAGCCUGGCUUAUAAUAUACAGUCAUCAUGACGAGAACAUGGUGAGCUUCAUCAAGGGUGGCAUCAAAGUUCGAAACAGCUACCAGACCUACAAGGAGCUGGACAAUCUUGUCCAGUCCUCACAGUACUGCAAGGGAGAGAACCACAGACACUUCGAAGGAGGCGUGAAGCUCGGUGUGGGAGCCUUCAACCUGACGCUGUCCAUGCUUCCUACCAGGAUUCUGCGGCUGCUGGAGUUCGUGGGGUUUUCAGGGAACAAGGACUACGGGCUGCUGCAGCUGGAGGAGGGCGCGUCGGGGCACAGCUUCCGCGCCGUGCUCUGCGUCCUGCUGCUGCUCUGCUACCACACUUUCCUCACCUUCGUGCUCGGCACCGGCCACGUGAACGUGGAAGAAGCGGAGAAGCUCUUGCAGCCCUACCUGAAGCGGUACCCUAAGGGCGCCAUCUUCCUGUUCUUCGCAGGGCGGAUUGAAGCCAUUAAAGGCAAUGUUGACACAGCCAUCCGGCGGUUCGAGGAGUGCUGCGAGGCCCAGCAGCACUGGAAGCAGUUCCACCACAUGUGCUACUGGGAGCUGAUGUGGUGCUUCACCUACAAGGGCCAGUGGAAGAUGGCCUACUUCUACGCGGACCUGCUCAGCAAGGAGAACUCCUGGUCCAAGGCCACCUACAUCUACAUGAAGGCCGCCUACCUCAGCAUGUUUGGAAAGGAGGAUUACAAGCCGUUCGGGGAUGAUGAAGUGGAGUUGUUCAGAGCAGUGCCUGCCCUGAAGCUCAAGAUUGCUGGGAAAUCUCUACCCACAGAGAAGUUUGCCAUCCGGAAAUCCAGACGCUACCUCUCUCCCAAACCAGUCUCUUUGCCAAUUCCUGCUCUGGAAAUGAUGUACAUUUGGAACGGCUACGCUGUGAUCGGGAAGCAGCCGGAACUCACGGACAGGAUCCUUGGGAUUAUCACCAAGGCUGAAGAGAUGCUGGAGAAGGGCCCAGGUGACCACCCCCGGGCCCUUGAACCUGCCAGGCUGAGUCACAUCACAGAGAAUGAGUACUCAGUGGAUGAUGAGUGCUUGGUGAAGUUGCUGAAAGGCCUCUGCCUGAAAUACCUGGGCCGUGUCCAGGAAGCUGAGGAGAAUUUCAGGAGCAUCUCUUCCAAUGAAAAGAAGAUUAAAUAUGACCACUACUUGAUCCCAAACGCCCUGCUGGAGCUGGCCCUACUGUUUAUGGAGCAAGGCAGAAACGAAGAGGCUGUCAAACUCUUGGAAACUGCCAAGCAAAACUACAAGAAUUACUCCAUGGAGUCAAGGACACAUUUUAGAAUCCAGGCAGCCGUACUCCAAGCCAAGUCUUCCCUAGAGAAUGGCACCAGAUCCACGGGCUCAGUGUCUUUGUAGUUUUAUACAGCACUCCCUCCCAGGCUGGAAGACAGAGACACGGACAGAGCUCCUGGAAACAUUUCAAAAAGAUCCCCCCACCCCCCGCCCUGCCUUUGGGGCCCACCGGUGCUCCAGCGGGACAGCGCGACAUAGGUAUCCACUCGGAAGGGAAGCCGGCAUUCUCACCAGUGCGGCCAAGGGCCUUCAAGGAGAGUGGGUGGGGCCCUCGGCCUGCCCUGUCACACAUACGGGUACUUGUUUUUCACUGUGAUGUUUAAGAGAAUGUAUGAACAGUUUACAUUUUCCUUAGAAAUAUAUUAAUGGGAUCACAGUUGGCUUAAAAGAAAAACUGUAAAUCUUUGUUUCAACCCAUACUGAUCUGAAGGUAAAUCUACAGAUGAUGCUUUUUCAAAAUUCAGCAGUGUCUCAGCUUCCAAGGCCAAAGACCCCAUCAAGGCUUCUGAGUGCUGGGCAAGAGGUUGCACAGGCACCUACACCUUACUUCUUACACUUCAUUUUCACUCCCUUAGUAACUUUCUAAUUAAAAAAAAAAUCAGAUGAGUAUUAUUUCACUAAAAAGACCUGUGAGUCUAUCUACAGGAAAAAAAAAAUCAAUCUUCAUUAAUAAGGACUGAGAGUUGCUGAGGCCUGACGGAACGGGAGCUUUGUGGCUCUUUCUGCACCAAAGCCAAGACGUCGUGGGGGAGGGUCUCAACACCAGUCUGCAUCCUCACUGUGCCCACGGGAACCAGCUGGGAAUAAGUCACAAAACAAAAAUCCUCUGUGCUUUACUAUGAGGUACAUUUAUUUCCUGACAGCAUUUUUCUUAGAAUGGUUAUAUUCUUGGCCUGUUGUGUAUGUUUUAGAUUUUUCAGUUAAGAGAAAAGAUAUUUAAGUAAUAAAACUCACACACUUAAGAGAUCACGCAACAUCUAUUUCAGUAGAGUAUGUGUUGCUUGAAUUCUUGGGCAAGGCAGAGUCUGGAUCAGAAGCCAUAUGGCCCAGGUAUGUUUUAUUUAGACAACAUGAUGCCUUAAAUGUUUUAAAAUAAGUUACUGACAUUUAAAGAUGGGGAGAUCGCAACAAAUCUGGUUUCUGGCCUCUUAUUUAAAAAGAAAAUCCAACCUGGCAACAUCCCUAUAGAACAAGGCAACAAUCAGAGCUGAGUAGAGGCUGCUUUAAACUCCCAUAUUCUCCUUCUGGGCUCUCAAAGCAUCUGAAUUUGCAAGCUCCAGGGCUGUUACAGUGAGAGCUCCAGUUCAGUGACCAUAUGCCCAGCUAAGGACGGCAUACUUCAACUUCACCAUUUCCCUGGAGGAAGAAAAUCAUGUACACAGUAAAAAUACUCAUCUGUGAAAUGUGUCUCCUCAGAGAUGAAUGCAAUUUCUGUAAGGGAAGAACCACAGACAACUUCCUAAUCUUCUGGAAUUCUGGACUUUUAGCCAACACCUAUGAACAUCUGCCAUGGGCUGGGGAGGUUAAUCUAUUAACACAGGCAAGCAGCCUUCUGUGACUAAUACCGAAUGAAGUCAUAGGUUUUAAGUAAAGCAAACUCUCAUUAGGAAAACAAAACCCUCAUUCAAGAUCGUUUUGCACUUAGUACUGUCAGAGCAGAAAUGCUAUGAAAAAAAAUUUCUCAUUUUGUUAGAUCUAGACACAGAAUGCUCGCCACCAAGAGCAAGUCCUUUGCAAGCUUGCUCUCCAGGGCAGCCUGAGCCUAGGUUGUCAGGCAGGGAGGGUGACAGCAGUGACUAGAACCAGGCUACUGGAGGAGGGUGGCCUUUCAUGGUUCCUUCACAUACAGGAACGCUAGUACCUACCGCUGCAGAUAGAUAACAGCACGCUGGUCACAAGAUACCAAGCACAGUUUGUAAAAUUGCAGUUAACAAAAAACUUAAACAUUCAUUUUAGGCACUUAAAAAAAAUGUAUGCCAGGAUGGUUUCCUUGUCAAUGUUAUUACCGAUUUCCUGCUGGGCUUCAUUAAUGAGCCGAGGUCACCUGACCUCUGUCUGCUGCUGUGGCCACAGUCUGGCUGGUAAGAGAAGUUAGUGGGUUUGGGCUCCUUUAUGCCACCUGCGGCUGAAGACAUCUAUUAAAAACAUGUUUAUGAAGUUGGGUGAAAAUGUCAGGUGUCUACCACCAUUAUCUUUGUUCAGAAACUUUGAAAGUGAAUAUUCUGUCCUGGGCUGCUUCUAUCUCCUUUGAGCCACUUCUAGUUGUUAUGUCUCUAAUAGUGCAGAGCUUUCUAGCACAUGUACCCGGGAGAGGCAGCUAGCUUCCAGGUGGAGAAUUCUGGCCUCGAAGUAAGGAGACCUGAAUUCGAGUCCCCAUUUUGUUACUAAUUUUCAGAGUGACCUUGGAAAAGUCAUGGACUCUCAAAAGAUUAGUAAUUUGCACUAGAUUAAGGCUCUUUCCUGCUGUCAAUGGUUCUGAGUGUGACUCUGGUCCCAUGUUUCUGGAUUUUCACAUCCAAAAUGAGGUAAGGCUAUGUACCUCCCUACCUGCUGCCAAAGCCUGGUAUCCCUAAGCGACUCUGCGAGAAACAGAAGGCUUUCUCGUGGGCCUCGACAGUAGCCCAGCACGGGAGAGCCAACAUCUUCAUUUGGGGAAAGGCUAAAUCCUGAUACACAGAGGAGCUCCGCUGUUCGGAAGCAGUGACUACGUAACACGAUCUACACAGGCCCUGGCCAUGGAAAGUCUACCUCCGCCUCUCAUGGGCACGGGCCUCGGACUGGCAGGGCGGCUUCCAGCACUGUGCUGGCCCCUAUCAGCUCUCCCGUGUGUUGGCAGGAUUCCCAAUUCCUUAUCUCAAGUCGGAAUGGGAGUGCUUCCAAGACAGCUUUUGUCAUUCGUGGCAGAAAGUCAUAACCUGACAGCAAAGCCGGGACCCUAAAAGGCCAAUGCCAACACAAGACUUGGCUGAGACCCAGGUGGAGGAGUUCCAGCAACUGAAUGGCACCAGGAGGUUUUCAGAAAGCCUCUGCCAGCUGAGUGUUAGAAUCAUGAAGAAAAAAAAAAUCAGACUUUUCUCUGGAGUUACUCCCAAGUUUGUUUAUUCUAAGAUGCUGAGGACAAGACAGUCUUUUUCUUUGCUUCAAAUUGAAAGCCUAACAACUGUUUCCUUAUGUUAGCACCAUCAUACUAAUUCACUAAUAAAUGAGAGGUGCUUGGAUUCUGAAAACCAAGCAAAAAUGGGAACUUCUCAUACACACCUACCUCAGAUGUAGCUUUUCCAAGGUUGGAAAAUGCUUUUUUGCUUAGGUUAGCACAGCUCUUGAAAUCUAGUACAAAGUUCAUCACUGCUGAACAGGUUAGGUCCACAAACAAGGAAACCCAUUUGGCAGCUUGAAAAAUCCAUUUCCAAAUGAGCAAUGUAUGAAUUGCUUUUACUCUAUAAAGCCAACUGUUAAGUGACAAAAUAGAACAGCCGUUCCCUUGGGAGGACAGUUACGAAAGGUUGCUAUGGACUUCUACAAGCUGACAUUCGAGUUUAAUCAGACACAUCACAGGUAACACCUCACUAAUGACUGGAUUGGGUUUUAUUUUUCCUCAUAUCAUUAGCAAAUUGUUCAGAACACCAGAUUCCAUAUGCUCUGGGUGUUUUGAAAAAUAAUGGCUAAUAUUAAGUGCUCGCUAUUUACCUGUUGCUAGUGUAAGCACUUUACAUGUCAUUCUCGUAACCACUCUAUGAAGUAGGGACUAAUACACAUGAGAAAUGGAGACAAAGGGUAAAGAACUUGCCUAAGAUCACACAGCUAUCAUGCAGCAGAGAUUUAAAGCUGGGCACCUGAAUUCUAAAGCCACACUUUGCUGAACUGCUGGUAAAAUUAUCAACUUAAAGUUGAAUCUGACUUAUACUGACCUCUGGGCCACUACUGCGGAUGGGAAAGGUGCUGGCUAAUAGCUCACACAGCAGAAAUCCUGUGGCAUGGCUCUGGAACUGGCAGAUGUGACCUAUUUCCACACCUCCUGAAUGGACCGUGCUGGAGGCCAAUCUCGGUGUCCGAUCCUGACCCUGACGCAUGAUCCUGGCUUCCCGAUUCACACGUUGUCCAAGACUUGCCUUUGGAUCCUAAAUGGCGAGGGGAACCAUUAGGAGGCCUUCCCCAGGAAGCUGGGCUCAUUACUUUUGCAAAGCAACCGAAUCUCACAGGGUUCACCACUAGGACCAGACUCUGGAGGUAAACCCUCAGCUACCUUGUUUCAACUUUUCUCAGGGCCAAGAAAUCCGGAGUCUACAAGCACUGAUGCUGCUCCUCCUUUGAUCAGGAUCAGUUUUAGAUGCUUCGAGUCUAUACCUUGAUAAUGCUGCUUCAUUCAUAUGCAGAGAAAAAAACUUUCUGUGGAGGCAUUUAAAGAAGACCGUCUUCCAGUGGAAAGUAGUUUUUCUCAAGAAAAAAAAUGUAAAAGAAAGUUCUCUCUCCUGAAGUUGUCUUAAAAACUUUAUGAAAACAGUAAAUGGUUUUAGUUGAUCAACAACAUUAAACAGGUGGAUCCAGCUGUUGCUCUGACCAAAGACUAUUGCACAGAGUGCUAAUACGGACAAGAACAAUGUGGACAAUUAAAACAUAGAUAAAUCCAAAUCCCUUUUGUACAGUUUUGCUGAAGCCCCUAACAAAAUUUUAUGGAUUAGGAAAUGGGUUGUAAAGGGACUCAUGGAUUCUGUUUCCAAGCUAAAGAGCAAGGAAAUAGCCAAAAUAGAAAAGCAAUACUCAUACCUGGACAAUCAACCUCUGAAUCAAGGAGCACCCAGUCAUGCUGUUAUUUUUUAAACUACCACUAUGUAAUUUAUAAAAUUAUAAAUUUAUAAACUGGGUAGAAUUAACUGGGCUAAUCUUUUUUGUGUGGGAUGUUUUUAGAUCCACAGGCUCUCAGAAAACAAAUUACAAACUAUAUUUAAAAAUUAACAUUGCCAAAAUA